AUGAACGCAGCCGAAGGUUUUAGAGUCAAGCACAGGUUUGAGAAAUUUUUCAGGGCUCUCUAUUCUGCCGUGAUGAAAGAUUGCAAAACUCUCCUAGAGGAAACUGAAGCGAAGUUUCUACAGAGAAAAUGGGAUCUCGAGCAAAUGAUAAGACAAGCGAAUUCCCAGGCUGAGAACAUAAGGCAAGAGGAUGCGGUUAUCAGCGGUAAACUUCGUGAGAGGCAACGUAUGGAAUUAAGAGCCGAACGUCAACGCAAAAGAGAUAGGGACGAUUGGGAAAAGGAUGUAAUAGCCGCGGAGACAGAGAUAGAUCGACUGGAAAAUGAAAAAGAAGUCCUGGAAAACAAGCGUCAUGAGAUCAGCAGCUUGAAAAGGGAUCUGGAAAUUCUUCGGGCAGAAAACGUCGAAUAUUCGAAGGUACUAGCUGAGAAGCAGUUGAAGAUCAGUGAUGCGGUUCUGUCAAGAUUCCAUGUUAUCGUCAGCGAUCUGGACAUGAUGAAGGAGGCACGGGAUUGGAUGAUGAGAACAUUGGAGGAACUUCUCGCUAUGGGCGAUCUCAUUCCGACUGAUUCUCUUCUAGACGAAGGAUUUGAAGAACAUUAA